AUGCGCGGGUCCGAGAGGACGAGUAGAACCACGUACGGUACUCUCGCGAAGAUUAAGGUGAAGGGCGGGAUCUAUGGGCGGGCGGGAUGUGCAUUGCGGCAGAGAUCUUCUUCAGCAUAUGUAAACAUGGCAGCCGCAGAGAAUGUCGACACGCAGGGGGAGAUAGAAGAUGGUUCAGCUUCGGCAGAAGACGACGGUCACCCAUGGUCAUACCUGGCAACAAUGUUCAGCUACCUCGGGAUGGGGGAAAAUACCAAAACCUACCGAAUGAAAUGUAUGUUGUGCCUUCCAAAGUGCCACGAGAUAAAGGCGUUUAACAACUCUCCAUCCAACCUUAAGAAACACAUUGAGAGAGCACAUCCACACCAUCUAAAAAAGUAUGAGCAGCUGACUUCACAGAAAAGAAAGAGGGCUUCGGAAGCUGGGACCUCCACCACCAAACAGACCACCUUGCUGGAUUCCCGAUCCAUCUCUCAGAGUGCAGUUGACAGGGCCAUCGUUCAGUAUGUUGUCAACGGGCUCCAGCCAUUGUCAACUGUUGAAAAUGAAGCCUUCAGAGAGCUUCUGACAGAUCUCCUUCCUACUGCUAAAAUCAUCACACGGGUCACCCUGAGAUCAAGGAUUGAAGAUUUAGCAAAGGCAAUGAGAAAAGUGUUAACUGAGGAGAUGAGUAAAGUGGAUCACAUUGCCACCACUACAGACUGCUGGUCAGUUAGGAGAAGGAGCUUCCUUGGGUUGGACUACAUCAGGGAGCAGUUGGAGGAUCCUUCAGCAGAUGCUGGGUCUGGCUCAUCUGAUGAGGGAGACUUCUUCCACAUCCUGAAAAGUUCCCACAAAACACCACGCGCCACCAAACAGCUUGAUUCGUACCUGGCCUACACAACAGAUGACAUCAAGAUUCUCAAGACAUUUCCUGUGGUUCUCAAGUUAUCUGUCAAACUCAACACACCUCUGCCUGCUUCUGCAGCUUGCGAAAGGCUGUUCAGCAUAGCAGGUCUCAUCUUCAGCCCAAAAAGAGCACGGUUAGCUGCAAACACUUUUGAAAAUCAGCUUCUGCUGAGGAUGAACCGCAAGUUCAACUUCUCCACUUGA